AUGUUUCUCUCAAACAAGCCUCCCGCGAAGCCGCUUCCCCGCUUCCAAACCAACACGCCGCUGGACUCGACCUUUGACACGGACAUCCGCGACACCCACCUCAUCUACGACUACGAUGCCGAGGACGCCGACGGCAACCCGGAGAAGUGGCGCUACGAGAUGUGGUUCUUCUCCGAGGACCGCGUCGUCUACGCCAUCCACGGCGGGCCCAUGUCCGGCCGCGUGAACUACCAGACGGCCACCUACCAGUGCAUCCGGCCCGGCGAGCUGUGGCAGGUCAAUUGGCUGGAGGAGACGGGGACCGUGUGCUCGCUGGUGUACGACAUCCCCAGGCAGAAGAUCUCGACCCUCAUCUCGUUCUCGCGGGGCCACUGGGAGAACCCCGAGGCGGCGCACGGCGACAAGCGCAACCCGGGCGACGUUGCGCGGUGGAGGGUCCUGGCGAGGUUCGGGAACCAGAGUGAUAGGUUCAUGCUGUCCGAGCAGGCGGACAUUGUCGAGAAUUUCAAGGGGAGGGGGGAUCUUGCACCGAUCAGCGGGGACGCACCGACUUUCUAG